AUGUUCCACUCCAUGUCUCGUUGUGUUUCCUUCUGCAGCAUAUACAGCAGUGAUGAUGAUGAAGAAGAUGUUGAGRUGUAUGAUCAUGAUUAUGAUGGUCUGCUCCCUAAAGCUGGAAAACGCCAUUUGGGAAAAACCAGGUGGACCCGUGAAGAGGAUGAGAAGCUGAAGAAGCUUGUGGAGCAGAAUGGCACCGAAGACUGGAAAGUCAUUGCCAAUUUUCUUCCUAAUCGGACAGAUGUUCAGUGCCAGCACCGAUGGCAGAAGGUAUUAAACCCAGAACUUAUCAAAGGCCCAUGGACUAAAGAGGAGGAUCAAAGGGUAAUAGAACUCGUGCAGAAAUACGGUCCAAAGCGCUGGUCUGUCAUUGCUAAGCAUUUGAAGGGAAGGAUUGGAAAACAGUGCAGGGAGAGGUGGCACAACCAUUUGAAUCCAGAAGUGAAGAAAACCUCCUGGACAGAAGAGGAAGAUAGAAUUAUUUACCAGGCACACAAGAGACUGGGAAACAGAUGGGCAGAAAUUGCAAAGUUGCUGCCUGGACGAACCGAUAACGCCAUCAAGAACCACUGGAAUUCUACCAUGCGCCGCAAGGUCGAGCAGGAGGGGUAUCUGCAGGAGUCCUCCAAAGGCAGCCUGGCGUCRGCGGCCGUCGGCUACCAGAAGAGCGCUCACUUGAUGGGCUUUGCCCACGGAGCACCUUCUGCCCAGCUCCCAGUAGCUGGCCAGCCCCCGCUGGGCAAUGACUAUUCCUAUUACCACCUUCCGGAGCCACAAAAUGUCCCUGGUCAGAUCCCGUAUCCGGUAGCACUGCAUGUAAAUAUUCUCAAUGUUCCUCAGCCAGCUGCUGCAGCUAUUCAGAGACACUAUAAUGAUGAAGACCCUGAGAAAGAAAAACGAAUAAAGGAAUUAGAGUUGCUACUAAUGUCGACUGAGAAUGAACUGAAAGGGCAGCAGGCAUUACCAACACAGAACCACACAUCAAACUACACAGGCUGGCACAGCACCGCAAUCGCUGACGGUGCCAGGACGAGUGGUGACAGUGCGCCUGUUUCCUGUUUGGGGGAACAUCACCACUGCACUCCCUCCCCACCGGUGGACCAUGGUUGCUUACCUGAGGAAAGUGCAUCCCCCGCGAGGUGCAUGAUUGUCCACCAGAGCAACAUCCUGGACAAUGUUAAGAAUCUCUUAGAAUUUGCAGAAACACUCCAGUUAAUAGACUCCUUUUUAAACACCUCCACCAAUCAUGAAAACCUGAGCCUAGACAACCCCGCUUUAACUUCCACUCCAGUGUGUGGCCAUAAGAUGGCUGUUACAACACCAUUCCACCGGGACCAGCCUUUCCGGACACAGAAGGAAAAUCAUCAUUUUUUCAGAACUCCGGCAAUCAAGAGGUCGAUAUUAGAGAGCUCUCCAAGAACACCCACUCCAUUCAAAAACGCACUUGCAGCUCAGGAAAUCAAAUAUGGUCCUUUGAAAAUGCUGCCUCAAACUCCGACUCAUCUUGUAGAAGAUCUGCAGGAUGUUAUCAAGCAGGAAUCUGAAGAGACUGCAAUCAUGGCUGGGCUACAUGAAAGUGGACCCCCUUUGCUGAAGAAAAUCAAACAAGAGGUGGAGUCUCCAACAGAUAAAGCUGGACUUUUUUUUUGCUCAAACCACUGGGAAGGAGAACACCUGAACACUCAGCUCUUUACACAUGCAUCUACUAUGCAAGAUGUGCCAAAUCUCCUUACCAGCUCCAUUUUAAAGAUGCCAGUGUCAGAAGAGGACAGUGGUUAUCACAGGCCGUUUGCGGUCCCUAGGAACAGGCCACUACCUAACCCGCUGCAGCACUUGAACAACACUUGGGAGUCUGCGUCCUGUGGAAAGAUAGAGGAUCARAUGGCCCUCACUGAUCAGGCACGCAAGUACAUGACCGCGUUCCCAACCCGGACUCUGGUGAUGUAAACGGGUCUACGGAGAAGCAUUAUGGAUUUCAGAACACUUCACCUUCCCUGGGAAAUUACUGUUCCUCUGCAUGAAGACUUUUCAUGAAUGGGAGAAGAGCCUAUCUUUGUUGU